CACUUUUCCAUCUCUGGCAUUCCUUGCCACUAGGUUGCUUUCUUCUUCUUUCUUUAACUUUGUGACAACCGGCUAGAUCCUGUAGUCAAAUUUGAUACCGGCCCUGUACCCUUUCCGACGCGACACUAUGCCAUUAGGAAUACAGCGCCUCAACGCAAAGCGAUCGCAGCCCAAUGAAUGUAUCGUUUUCAUUAAGCCCUUGAAAGGGUCGGGCGAGCAAAUUGCGCAGGAUUUUCUGGAGAGGAUCGCGGCUCAAUGCUGUAAGAAGAACCAUUUCCCUUCUUAAAAAUGUGCAUGUUAACGUGGGUGCAGUGCCUGUCAUGCGGGAGCACCGCCUCUCGGUCAUGUCGCUGGAGGAGUACGAGCCAAAUCCCGAGUUUGUCGGCCGGAAUUUCAAUGCUGGCGAGGUCAUCCAGCUGGUGCUCAAGGCCCGUUCUGGGCACUGGCUGCCUUUCAACUAUGUGCAGAUGGUCAUGAUGCAUGAGCUGGCUCAUUGUAAACAGAUGAACCACUCCCGCGCUUUCUGGGCGGUAAGAAACCAAUAUGCGGAGCAAAUGCGUGGCCUGUGGUCUCGCGGCUUUACGGGGGAAGGCCUCUGGGGAAGGGGUGCGGUUCUGUCAACCGGCGAGUUUGAGAAGAAUAUGGUCGACCCUGGCGAAGUACUGCCGGAGCAUCUCUGCGGCGGCACAUACCGCUCGCGGGAUAGGAAACGGAAAGCCAAGAAGACCCUCACCUACAAAGAACAAAAAGAACGCCGCAUCCUCAAAAAGUUCGGGGCAAACGGCGUCGCUCUCGGCGACGAUGCCGAGACGAAGCAGAAGUUGGAGAAGGGCAAGAAGGUCGCGGGGAAACCACGAGUGGCGGGGAGUGCGAGAGGGAGGGAUUUAAGGGCCGCCGCAGCUCUGGCUCGGUUUGACCAACAGAAAAAAGAAGAACCAAAGAAAGAAGGGGACGACGAGGGAUCCGAAACCGAGAGCGGUGACGACUACGAAGACGAUACAAUAUCCGGCCCGGACGCGGUUGAUAUCGACGGCAAGAAACUCGUCGAUUCGAAGGGAAGGGGGAUGAUCAAGAUCUGCGAAGAUGAGAAUCCCGACGAUCAAGAUGCACAAGACGAACUGCGGGAACUGCGGAGUUUCGGGUCGAGGAAGCCGGUCGUCAAAGCGAUCGAUCUGACCCUGGAUGAGGAUCUGGGAAACCCGGUCGCGAAGCCGGCAGCAAGCAAGCCAGAUACGCCCAGCAACCCAAAACCCUCGAAACCGAAUCCCAAGCCGCCAGCACCAAAACACACUCGACCUCCCGCACCCGGUCCCUGGGACUCGAGGACCUGCUCAGUGUGUACGUUCGUCAACGAGCCAGCUGCAACCACCUGUGCCAUGUGCGCCAACACACUAGGAUCGGAAGGGAAGUUGGGCGUAUGGGCCUGCCAGAGCAAGACAUGCAAGGGGACAAAGUAUCGUAAUGCCGGGGAUUGCGGUGUUUGCGGUGUGUGUGGGGAGCGGAGGCAAACGCCCGUUUCGGCAGGAGUCGUUUGAAUGUCGCCCGCCGCCAACCCGAAGCUGGUUUCCAGGUUUUCUCGGUAGCCUUCAUAUGUUCCGCUUACUGUGUAGCGGGCUAACUCUUGUGGGU